AUGUUCAUCAGAAAACUGCAAUUUACACUACUGUCAGAAGUGGAAAACAAGCUGGAGGUAACCAACUUUUUCAAAAGUUAUUUGACAGAAAUUUUUUUGGGAAAAUCUCGUGUGGCAUCAAACCUCCAACUCCAGUUGGGAGCCCAGUUUGCUCAUACAAAAGCUGCUGUUGUAGAAGAGUAUGGAAAACCCCUUGUGAUCAGAGAAGUGAAGAAGAAGAAAAAACUUAAGUCAAAUGAGGUGUACUCUGUGUUAUGUGGUGUUGUGAUGAACUAUGUGUUAUGUGGUGUUGUGAUGGACUCUGUGUUAGGUGGUGCUGUGAUGGACAUACCAAAUAUCUAUGUGUUAUGUGGUGUUGUGAUGGACUAUGUGUUAUGUGCUGUUGUGAUGGACUGUGUUAUGUGUCUACCUUUUAAACCAGGGAUUAGGCACCUUGCUGAAUUACAACCAUGUAACAUUAACCACAGUCUACCUUUUAAACCAGGGAUUAGGCACCUUGCUGAAUUACAACCAUGUAACAUUAACCACAGUCUACCUUUUAAACCAGGGAUUAGGCACCUUGCUGAAUUACAACCAUGUAACAUUAACCACAGUCUACCUUUUAAACCAGGGAUUAGGCACCUUGCUGAAUUACAACCAUUUGAAUUAUUCAUGUUUACUUUACUAACAGGAUUUGAAAUAUCUGGUGAAGUGGUUGAUGUUGGUAGUGAAGCAGAAAUAAGUCCAGGGGAGAGAGUUAUUGGCCUUAACAAGGAAUCAUUUUCAGGUUUUGCUGAAGAUUGUAUAGUGGAAGAGAAGGACUUGUGGAGGGUGCCUCAGUCCAUGUCUUUUGAGGUGGCUGCUGCACUUGUCGAUAGUUACAGUACUGCUUUGUUAGCCUGUCGACGAGCAAACCUGAAACCAGGGCAAAGCGUUAUUGGAGCAUGUGGUACUGAAGACAAGGCUGCACUGGUGAGAGAAAAGGGGGCUUUCUCUGCUUUGAACUACAGCGACAGAGAACUAACCAAACAAGUGAUGAAACACACAAAUGAUACUGGUGUUAAGAUUAUUUUUGAUGCAGUUGGAGGAGAGAUAUUUGAAGACUGCUUGAAUUGUGUGGCCCAUGAGGGGAGUAUCAUUGUAGCAGGGUUUGCAUCUCGUCAAGUUCCCAAGAUUUCCACCAAUCACCUGCUCCCAAAGUCAUGUGCAUUGAUUGGUGUUUCCUUGAGCCAUUACCGAUCAGGGGCAAAUCAGGUUUACAGAGACACCGUACAGGAAGUGAUCGACAUGUAUAAUGACCAAUACAUUGAACCUCAUAUAUCAACAACCUUUAAACUGGAUGAGGUGAAUGAAGCCUUCAAAUUCAUUGAGAAUAGAAAGUCUACAGGAAAAGUUGUUCUAAACAUUAGAUAGAGCAAAAUAAUAAUAAUAUUUGGCUUUACACAACAUCUAGAAGAGAUUCCAGCCCAAUUACUUAAUGCCAAGUACAGCCCUCCAAACUUGUAUUACCAACAUCAUGAGAUCACAUAUAUAAGAGAGUUAAUAUAUCAAUUUAAGCAAUGAGUACACUUUCAGGAAUUAUCUAUUCAUGGAGAAAUGUCGUAACAAUUAACUUGCUGUUGUAAAUUAUAAUGUAUAAAAGCUAGUGGAGGAUCUUUAAAGUAAAUAAAUCAUUCUUGUUA